AUGGUAUUUGGAUGGUUUCAACUGUUUAGAGCGAAGAAAUUUUCUGCUUCGGAAACAACAAACGAAGAAUCUAAUCACUUUCUAACGAAUAAUUCUAAGAGCAGUCAUGUGUUACCAUCGUCAUCAUCAAACGGUUUUGAUUCGUCCCGAUUCUGGUUUUGGAAUCGUUUAAUGUCAUCCAAUUAUCAUUUAUUUCAAUCUCCUCUUCGUCGUUUGAUUGUUCAUGCACAGGAAGAGGAAUCAUCAUCACAUGAACUACAACAACAACAACACAAUUCUCAAGGUCCAACCUCUGAAGAAAUGUUUCAACAAUUUCUCAAACAUACCCAAUCAAAACACCAAACUGAGCAAAGAGGAAAACCAAAGAUAGAGACGUCAAAAGAAGAGCCUAUUGAAGACCGAUUGACCACGUUGGCCCUUGAAGAUUUGGAAGAUGACGAGAUUUUUGCACGAGUACAACGAAAAUAUCACUUGAAAAACAUUUACAAACUUAUGAACUCAUGGGCAAAAUGUUCAAGCAUGCCAAGAGAACCUCUCGAUAGCCAUCCAUUUGUGACAGAUCCAAAAACAUUAGAAACGAUGCAGUUAGCUUGUCAUGUCAGUGGUAUGGUCGAUGCAGAGGAGUAUUUUACUUUGACACACAGAUGUUUACCCACAACGGAUACGAUCAAUCUUGUGAGUGGUCACAAGGCUUUCUCCUCCAAUAUUCUCAAUAAGGAUGAAGCUCUCGAAACAGUGACACAAUGUCGAGAUUGUGUAGAAGGAACGGAUCCUCAUACACAAGAAAUGAAACAAAUUUAUUUUGAAACUAAGGAUUUAAUUGAGGAGAAGAACUCUUUAAGGAUAUUUCUUCCAAAGGUCUCCGCACUACUUAAUUUAGUUUCAGAAACGGAGGGUCUUUCAGAAGGCCCUCAAAUAGAGGCACGAGAAAAAUUUUGUGUAAAUCAACACAAGGACAGUAAUCGAAGUAUUGCUAGUAAGAUUCAUUGGGCUCAACUCAAAAUAUUCCAAAAUGAAUUUUCUGAAAUGCGAAGUUGCUUGCAUUCUGCCUCGAAUGAUACUGAAAAAUGUAAAUUUGAAACGACAAACUAUGUUUUGCAAUCAAGAGCAGUCGCAUGUGGUAAAGAGAUGGCGUAUUGCCUUGACAAUUUUUCAACCAUAGCUAACAAGUUAGAAGACUAUCAACGAAGACACACAAAAACAGGUGUUCUUAUUGGUUUCGGAAAAACUGAAGAAAAAUCAAAAGCAACAACAAUUCACUUCCCAAAAGAAAAAGAAACCGCUACAAUCGAAGAAACCAAGGAUGAAGAUGAUGACUAUGUGUUUGGAUCCUACAAUUACGACAAUUUGGAUGAAGAAGAAGAAGCUGUGUUUGUUGGAAAAAACGACCACACAGAAGAUGACGAGCAUGAUGCUUAUUUUCUUAAUCAAUCCGCCUUAACUAAUGCCAACACAAAGUCCAACACAAAUUCGAAGAGUAUUACUAGCUCUUUGAGUUCUACAAAUUUUCUAUUGAGAGGCUCACAAAAACGAAAACAAGUUGAUGAUUCACUUGAAGGAAGCACGUAUGCAUCUUCAAGAACAGUAUCAGGCAGCUCAGAAGUUGAUAUGAAUGCAAAUACAACAGAUUUUACGAACAUGAAACUUGAAGACAGAGAUCAAGUGUUAACAAGCACAAUGGAACGAUUUACCAAAUGUAUGACUCUCUAUCAACCAGUGACAAACUGUGUGAAACGUGUCGAAAAAGCUCUCCAACAAAAUCUCGCCAAAGUACAACGAAGAAAUGGAAAAAAGAAAAAGAGACGUUUCAAACAACGAGAAAAGUCAUACGCAGAGAAGUUGUACGAUUUUGACACCUCAAAAGAAGAGUGA